AUGGAAUCCUACAUUUCUUCUCUUGGAUUUGAUAUUUGGCAAUCAAUUGUGAUUGGGUAUACACCUCCUACCAAUUCUCCAUAUACUCCAGAUGAGAAGAAGAAAUAUGAGAGCAAUGCAAAAGCAAAGAAUGGCAUAUUGUGUGGACAAUCAAACUCAGAAUUUGUCAAGGUAAUACAAUGUAAAACUGCAAAGGAUAUUUGGGAUAAACUUCAUAGUAUCUAUGAAGGUGAUGACAUAGUUAAGCAAGCAAAAUUGCAUACUUUUAAAGCUUGGUUUGAGGGAUUGAAGAUGAAGGAAGAAGAACAAAUUGCGGAAUAUUUGCUCAUAGUGGAUGAAGUUGUCAAUGCUAUCAAAGAACUCAGUGAAGAGAUUAAGGAUGUUGUGAUCAUGAAGAAGGUGUUAAGAUCUCUACCCUCCAAGUAUGACUCAAAACUCUUUGAUAUUGAAGAAUAUAAGGACCUAGAUAAAAUUUCUAUGGAUGAAUUGUUUGGAUCUCUUUUUGCAUAUGAAAUGAGAAUAGGAAAAGGAAGGAACCAAAAGAGUCUGUAUUCCAAAGAAGAUGGUGGUACCUCAGAUGUUGAAAGUGAUGUUGAAGAUGUCACAGAACUUGGAAGCGAAGAUUAUUUAUUCAUGGCAAUUGUUGUGAUUGAGACUGAAAAGAAUGAUAAUGAAUCAAUUAGAUCUGGUGAAGAAGAAGUUGAGGUCAAUUUGGAAGGAGAGCUCAUUUUUGCUUUGAAUGAACUAGACCAUGAAAGAGAGAAGAAUCAUAAAUACAAAAGGAAUAUUGAGGAAUCUGAAGCACUAGUCAUCAAUCUCAUAACUAAAAUUGAAGAAUCGAAGAAGAUAGAGGAUGCUUUGAUAGAAAAAUUGCAGGACAAAGAAAAGGAACGUGAGCUACUUGAGGUUGGGAUUUUAUGUCUAAGGAAGUAUGAUAAAUGCAUUGAAGCCUUGGAUAACAUGUUGAGUAAACAAUGA